AGAAUGCAAAGCGAAGCUUCCGGUUUCCGGCGAGAGGACCUGAGUGAGUGUUUACACCGGCGGCCCUGCGGCCGGGUUCCUUCCGCGGGACGGGUGAGGGCGCUGGGUCCUGGGCCGCGCGGGAUCGGGAAAAAGAGAGAGCGCGAAAGAGAGAGGAUGUCUCUCUCAGACUGGCACCUGGCGGUGAAGCUGGCUGACCAGCCACUUGCCCCAAAGUCUAUUCUUCGGUUACCAGAGACAGAGCUGGGAGAAUACUCACUGGGGGGCUAUAGUAUUUCAUUUCUGAAGCAGCUUAUUGCUGGCAAACUCCAGGAGUCUGUUCCAGACCCUGAACUGAUUGAUCUGAUAUACUGUGGCCGAAAGCUAAAAGAUGACCAGACCCUUGACUUCUAUGGCAUUCAGCCUGGGUCCACAGUCCAUGUUCUACGCAAGUCCUGGCCGGAGCCAGAUCAGAAACCAGAACCUGUGGACAAAGUGGCUGCCCUGAGGGAGUUCCGGGUGCUGCACACUGCCCUGCACAGCAGCUCCUCCUACAGGGAGGCGGUUUUUAAGAUGCUCAGCAAUAAGGAAUCUCUGGAUCAGAUCAUUGUGGCUACCCCAGGCCUCAGCAGUGACCCCAUUGCUCUUGGGGUUCUCCAGGACAAGGACCUCUUCUCUGUCUUUGCUGAUCCCAGCAUGCUUGAUACGUUGGUGCCUGCUCACCCCGCCCUGGUCAAUGCCAUUGUCCUGGUUCUGCACUCGGUGGCAGGCAGCACCCCGCUGCCAGGGGCCGACUCCUCUUCCCGGGGCAUGCCCUCCAGCUCGUACCGGGAC